AUGUUUGUCCAACCAAUAAUGCGGUAUUUCCGCGAGCCACUCAUUACGGCCAUUGAGGUAAUUCUCAAACCACUCGAGAAGACGCACAACCAGAAAUUACGACUUAUUACUGGAGGGGCAAAAUCAGCAUACAUUGAUGCAAUGCACCUGGUGACUGGAAACACCACAAUGUGUUCCUUUAUCAAAGAAAAGGCCAUGGACUUCUAUGAGAAGCUGCUGCGCAUUCCCAGAGACACAUUCUUCAGCACCUACGAAAAUAGACAAAGACACCUAAAACUCAAUCCGACCUAA